AUGAUGGAGCUCAAGAAGUCAGGCCGCCUUGAGCCCUCGGUCAUUCUACCAGUCUCGGCGUUGAAGACCAACACGUCGAGCAGGCUAGUCAUGCUCCUCUUGGAGCUCUCCACCGUGGCGCUGCAGCAAGAGGCCGAGAUGGCAUGCCAGGGCACCAUCCAGUCAGCCUACCUGCCGUCACUCGGCUCCUCUGCCGCAACAGCAGCUGGUGGUGGUGUAGGGAGCGGCUUGCUUGACGACGCGCUUGUCCCCGCAGAUGUCCGACUGGCCGUCAGCGUGACGAGAGCCAAGCAGGCCUGCAGCGACUUCCUGGUCAGUGCAGCCACGGCCUCAAGUGUGUGUGACGCGAUGGAGCAGCGCAGCCUGGCCUUCAAAAGGCGUUACUAUGAGCUACAGGCAGAGAUUCGACAGCAGGAGGUAGCUAGGGCGGAGUUCCCGGAAGGCGGACAGUGUGCUGACCAGCACUCCUCGAGUCCCUUACUGCCUAGCAGCAGCCCCACAACCUCCUCCGGCGCAGCUGCAGCCACAGCCUCUACCUCAGAACCUGCAUCGCAAACGACCAGCGGCGGUGCUGGUGCUGGUGCUGGUCCGAACGCCGGGGACCUAGUAAAUGGUGGAGCGGGGAUGCCCAAUGGAACCGCAGCCUCACAGCAGCAGCAGCAGGCUCUUGAGAAUAGCAGCAGCCGCUGGGGCUUGUCCCUUCUCCCUGGUUCCCGGCCCAACCCAGAUUCUCUGGCAAUGCUGUCGUCGCUAUUGGCGGGCCUACACGAGCACCUCCGUGUGCAUAAGGAGCUCAGCGAGGCGCUCAUGACGGAUGGCGGCGCUGCGGAUGUGGACGGUAUGGAUGCUGCCGCCGCCGGUAGCGGCAGACCGCGCGCUGGUGGCUUCGGCCAGCCGCCGCCACAGCAGGUACUGCAUCCGUAUCAGAUAGACGGAAGGGUUCUGGCGGCGGAUGUGCUGUCAGCUGCGUCAGGCGGGACGGACACCGCGGUGGGACCAACACGUGUUGGCGGCAGUGGCAGCGGUGGGACGGGUCUUGAGCAGCAGUCGCAGAGGCGGCAGCAGAAGAACAUGCUGAUGCCGUAUGGACCAGAUAACAUUGUUAAGGCCUUCAUGUCGUUUGCGUCGCUCCUCAGCUCGCUGGCACCUCACGUGACGCAGUUGGCGAUGGCGGGCGAGAACGCGGGCCCUCCCCCUCUGCUCCAGCCUCCGAGCCAUCCCAGCGGUCAUGCCGCCCAUGUGGCGCACCAGCUGCAGGUCCACGGGAACACAAGUCGCCAGAUUGCGCAGCUGAGUCGGAAGGUCCAGGAGCAGGCAGUGGCGUAUGGUCCGGUGCUUCGGGCGUUACGACUGGAGAGCAGCCGGGGCAUCUCGCAGCGCUCCCUGGACCUCUCCGGGCACGACUGCUGCCUGGAUGACGACGUCCUAGACAUCAUGACUUCCGUCCCUGCCGUCACUACGGCGGGUCAACGCAAACGCGCCUUUCCCGAGCUUGUGCAGCCCCAGGCCCCAAGCCUCAGCCGCCGGUCCGCAAUCAUCGACCGGCCUGGGUGUGGGGUCCCAGACAGUUACUGCUCCGUCGAGCGACGCACCCUCGGUCGUGAUGGGGUCGCCCUGUCCUUCCUCCACAAGUACGGGCAUGAACGCGCUUACAUGGCCAGCGGCAGCAGUGCUUGCCCUAGCGGGGGCGCUGCGGCCCCGGUGGCCAAAACUGCCUUGGCGACCUCAACGACCGCUGCACCGCCGCCGCCUAUGGAUGAUGGGCUGGCCAGGAUACACGCCCGUCUCCGUAGCCUCAACCUCGCAGCGGCCUCGCAGCCAGCAGCGGCGACGGCAGCAGCGGCUGCGUCUGUGGCGACCAAUGCCCCGGCCGCUGGCGGACAGGCGGUGGCGAGCAGCACGGUCAGUCCGCUCCGAGGUGCCUUGUGGCAGCAGCAGCAGCAGGGGCCGCUGGGAUCGUUAGAAGCCGGCAUGUUUAUAAUGCAGCAGCAGCAGCAGGCGAACAGAUUGGGGGAGAACGAUUUCAGAGAGGCGGCGGCAGGAGCUACAGCCGCAUCUAGCCAUAUUGACGCCGACGUAAGCAGCACCGGUGCCGGCCCCGUCUGGCCGUCAAUGCCUUGGUUUGGAGGAACACAUGCAGGCAGCGGUGCUGCUGAUGCAAGCUCCCAAGCGGCGGGCGAGCUGGGGCUGUCCCUCGCAGCAGCCACCAGCGGCGGUGAACUGGCGUCGGGCGAAAGACGGCGGUUCGACUUGUGCAACCUACUGGAUGACGAUGACUAUGACAGCAAGGACGGCGGGCAUGGCCUCUCCGGCAGCCACCAUAGGCUGGUAACUAUGUUCCCUCCUGCCGGGGUUGUGGGCCCCAUGAUGGGCGCAUCCCCUCAGUCUUCGUUGGAAACAAUCCGUCCUUUGGGAGCUGGCGGAGGCGGAACCGGCGCAGCGCACGGCGCUCUUCAUGUAGCGGAUGCGGACGACGAUUUUGGUUUGCUAGCUGCGGAGGGGGAGUUAGUGAGCCAGGCGCUCAUGUUUGGCAGCGCCAUGGCCGCGCCUCCUCCAUCGAACAGCCCACGCGGCGCGGCGGGUUCGGCUGGGGUUCAGGCGGGGUUACUCUUUGGGGGUCCCCUAGCCGAGGUCAGCAGCAGCGGCUGGGGCAGUUGCGGUGGCGGCGUCUCGGCAACGGAUCUCGGGGACAGGGAGAGCGAUGGAGACGGCCGGACGACCGCGGCCACCGCAAAGGUGGCGGUUUCGUACUGUGGGAGCGCCGCCCCACAAUGCGGCGCUGGCCUUGGCUCCAUGAUGCAGGAUACGGACUCUGGAGACGACGUGGUUAUGGCGGAUAAUGACAAGGACAUGGCUCCAGUCGUUAGUCCCUUGGGUUUUGGGGGAAAGGCGUCGGCUUCGUUAUCGAUUAGCUGGCUAGGCGCAGUGGGCGGGGGGCCGGGGGUUGCGCCAGGAGGUGGGCAGGGCCCCAAGGCCAGCAGCCUGUUUGACGCCUUCGGCGUGCUGUUAUCCCCACAGCAGCAGCCGCAGCAGCAUCAAGUGCCGAUCGGCAAUAUCAACGCUUUCGGCCGGCUGCAGCAGCAACAAGCGCAACAGAAUGGGGCCGUGCCAGCGGUGGCUGCGAUGGCUGUGCCGCUGGCACCCCAGCAGCCGCAAGCUGCUCCCGCCGUCAUGGGCGGUUUCGGGGCUGAGAUCUUGGCGCUCAAGGCGCGCAUGCAGGCUGCCAUGACCAAACAGUGA